AUGUUAGGAAACUAUGUAAUUUCAUCAUGUUCAUCAUUUAGAGAGGCAUUGUCAUGUCUUUGUGAAUUGGACUUUGACUCUGUCGAGGCAUUCAAGGUGCUAAUUGGCAAAUUGGAUAUUGAAUCUGUAGAGACCAAGACAUUGAUGACAUCAUUCAUGAUGGACCAUGAAAGACACAUCCAAGAGAUUACCGAAAUUAUGGCAAAGAGAGAUGAAAGGGCUCCAUCAAGACCAGAUGCUAAACAGUAUCUCACCAAAGGAAGAGUCUAUCUCGGCGGACUCAUGGGCGAACAAAGUCUACUAAGUGCCCAACUUUCAAACGAACAUGACUUGGAGAAUGCCUAUGAACUCAUUUCCAAGAGACAAGACAAAUGGCCAGAAGCAGAGGAAAUGAUCCAAAGAGGUGUAAGAGAUGAACAUCGACAUAGAAUUGGACUUCAACAAUGUAUUGAAUUAUUACAACGUCGUCAACCAUAA